AUGGCGCCCACCGACCCCGUCCCCGCCUCCAAAGACGCCCUCUCCGCCAACCAACCCAUCGUCAUCUCCGGGCCCUCUGGCGCAGGCAAAUCCACCAUCCUAAAGCGCCUCUUCGACGAGUUCCCUGGUAAAUUCGGCUUCAGCAUAUCGCACACCACGCGCGGGCCCAGGGGAGAGGAGCAAGAUGGCAAGGAAUACUACUUCGUAACCAAAGAAGAGUUUUUGGAUUUGGUAGAGAAGAAAGGAUUUGUGGAGCAUGCGCAGUUUGGUGGGAACCACUAUGGUACGAGUGUCAAGGCUGUGAACGACAUUGCCGAGAAGGGCCAGAUUUGUAUUUUGGAUAUUGAGAUGGAGGGCGUUAAGCAAGUCGCAAACCACCCUACGUUCCCUCGCCCAAGGUUCUUGUUCUUGCAGCCGCCGUCCAUGGAGAUUCUGGAGAAGCGGUUGAGGAGUCGCGCGACGGAUAAGGAGGAGGCUAUCUUGAAGAGACUCAACCAGGCCAAGGUCGAGAUGGAGUUUGCGCAUAGUGGACAGGCGCCGCAUGACAAGAUUGUGAUUAACGACGACCUCGACAAGGCGUACAAGGAGGUCAAGGAGUUUGUUGUUGGCACCGAGGCUUGA